AUGGGCGGCGCGAAGCCGAAGAAGCCGUCGAAGAAUGACAAAAAGGACACGAAAGACUCUAAAGAUUCAAAGGACAAGAAGAAAAAGAAAGACGAGAAGCCGAAAGACAAGCCCAAGCCGAAGCCGACGCGUAAGGUGCCGUCUACCGCCCAGGCGACGCUGAUGCUCCGCACGCAGUGCGUCUCCCCGAUGUCGGCCCUCCAAGAUAAUGCGACCCUCGUCAGCGGUUUUAUCGACCGCACGUUGAAGAAAGGGCUGAAGGAAUUGCGGGCUGAGUUUAUGGCCAACAAACGAACAGUGAGCAGGGAUAAGACGACGGUCUUCUUGAAGAACAUGCCGAAGAACCGAUACAAAGACGUGCCAUGCCUUGAUGAGUACCGGGUCGUGCUCAGGGACUGCGACAACGACUACAUCCAUGCAAACUUUGUGGCGACGCCAAAGAGUGAUAAGCGUUUCAUCUGCUGCCAGGCACCGACUAAUGCUACGCAGGUCGAUCACUGGAGAAUGAUCGUGCAAGAACACGUCGAGGCGAUUCUCAUGCUUUGCAACUACUCGGAGGGCAGAAGGGAUAAGUGCGCUCAGUACUUUCCGACUACCCUGGAACCGCAGAAGACGUUCGGGCCCUUCACCAUCAAAUUGGUCAAAUGCGAAAAGUUGAUCUGGAACUGCCAAACACCUGCAAUCGUCAACAUAUCAACGCUGGAGGUGGAGCAGGAUGGGAUCAAGACCGUGAAGAUCUGCACUUCCACGCAGCCGAUCGUGGUCCAUUGUUCUGCGGGAAUCGGUCGAACCGGGGCCGUGGUGUUGAUCCAGAGCUCGCUGGAGACGAUCGCCGCCGGGUAUGCGGAGGGAUGGGUCCCUGACGAGAAGGUGGUUGCCGAGAUCAAAGGCAAAUUCACUACGGAUUACGAAAAAGCUGCCGCGGCUGCGUUGCAGAAGCUCAACGAGAAGCCAGCUGGAUCUGCCGAAAAGAUG